GAGAGGUCUGAAUGCGAAAAGUGGAUAAAAAUACCCGAAUAUAAGCAACAAGUGGUCAAUUGGACGCAAGUGUUCACUAAACAGGGGUUCACUAUAGAGAAGACUGAAAUUAAGGAAACCUACACUACCAACCAUAUAUCACUCGCAGAAAAGUUGGAGCCAAUGGUGGAAAGACUUUACGCCAAUUAUAUAGCGAACGGCCGCACCAUUGAUGACAUUCCUCCUGAGCUGAGGCGCCGUUUUUUGGAGCAAUCGAUCGACCAGUGGCUCAACUCCAAGAGCCCAGAGCUCGACCUAACAGUCCUGUCCCGAGCGCGCCUUCGCGGGCGCCCGCCCACUGGGCGUCCGCCCGGCACCCGCCUUCAAAAAAACACCCACGAGAUGGAAGCACCGGUCGAAAAUAGCACUGUUAACGCUAGUCCAUCUCCCAGCAUAGCCUUCUCGGCUAUCGUACAGACACUGAUUGACUCAUGCGCUGAAACAAAAACAUUUGUUUUGUUGAAUGAUUUGCACUCAAAAUACCAAACAUUUAGAGAUAAUCCAAGACUCGGAUCAGUUGGCGAUACAGACAUACAUUACACCACUCAAGAUACCACUUUUUUACCGCCAAAGAAGUCAACACUUUGUGAACAAACGAGUGAUACAAAUGAAGACAUCAUUAGACCCGAUGACGGAUCAGUUGAUGAGAUCAACGGAUCAGAUAAUAAACAAAGAGACCCAAUAGUGAUGUCAUGUGAAAGCGAUACCAAACCAUUCAUAACUGAUCUUUUGAUGUCUGGACCCGACAGCAGACGUAAUACUAUUUUUGGUCAACUUUUUGAAUCUAACGCCGAUCUCGAACCACACGUGCGGACACACGUCACCGACGAUCACAUCCAGACAUCGAUUACCAAAAAAUCUAAGUUUACAUUCAAAUGUUUGGCCGAAGAAUGCGACCACAGAUUUAUCGCAAAGAUUAAUCUCAUUGAACACAUGCUAAACAGUCAUCGAAUAGAAGACACGUAUGAAUGCAAUGAUUGCGAUGCCGUGUGUCUGACCACCGAUGAGAUCAUUGGACACCGACAUCGAGAGCAUGAGAUGCAAACAAUUGUGUCCACUCAAGAGCCCUGUGGCGAAGGUUUCGGUAGAGACACAGCUCUUCGGCAACACAUUCAAGACAUUCACACAACUAGUGGUCAACAAAGUCUUAGCGGAGAACUCUUAGACAUCGAUGGAUACAAUAGAUCCGAUGCAGUGAUAGUACGACAAAAUGCUAAUACAAUUACUACUCACGAGACGACGAGUGACCGCUAUCUUAAAAUAGGAGAUAAUGCCAGCAAAGCGUUAUACAGACGGCUACGACCGAAACGCCACAAAUGCGAUUACAACGGAUGCCACAAACGGUUCGCCGACGGCAGAGAUCUUCGUCUGCAUCGCUUGAUUCACUCGACGGACAAACCGUUCAAAUGCACAGUCAAUGGCUGUGAGUAUUCCUGUGUAACUAAAUACCAAUUGGAGACCCAUAUGAACAGACAUCUGGGUAUUAAACCCUAUGCGUGCACUCACGAGGGCUGUGGUAAACGGUUUGCCCGCAAAAACAAUUUACAAAGUCAUGCCUUCAAACACACAGCUGUUGGGCAACGCAUUCACACAACUAGUGGUCAACAAAGUCUUGGCGCACAACUCGUGGACUUCGAUGGGUUCAAUGGAUCAGAUGCGGUGAUAGUACGACAAAAUGCUAACACAAUUACCACUCACGAGACGACGAGUGGCCGACACCUUAAGAGGAGAGAUAAUGGCGGCCAAGGAUUGAAGGGUCGGUUCCGUCCGAAACGAUGCAAAUGUGAUUACAAUGGAUGUCACAAAGCGUUCGCCGACGGCAGAGAUCUUCGUCUGCAUCGGUUGACGCACUCGACGGACAAACCCUUCAAAUGCACAGUCAAUGGCUGCGAGUAUUCGUGUGUAACUAAAUACCAAUUUGAGAGACAUAGUAACAGACAUCUGGGUAUUAAACCCUAUGUGUGCACUCAUGAGGGCUGUGGUAAGGGUUUUUCCAGCAAAGACUGUUUGCAAAAGCACGCCAUCAGACACUAG